AUGCAGGGAACCCCGGGAGCAGACAAAACUGCCGGGGGCCGGUCUCCGACAGCAACACCCUCAGGAAUAGAGCGGACCGGCAGGCGGCUACCAACAGAAGCGUCCGCGGACAACAUGGCUGGCCUGUUUAACAUUCCCAUGGGAAUGUUGGGCCACCUGCUCUCCCACCACAAAUUGGGAGAGAAGGCCGCCCCCUGUCCUUUAGUCACUGUGGUGACCGGGACAGAGCCCAAACCCUCACCCACGUCAACCGACAAAACGCAAAACGGGGGGGGGGGGCCUGUCACAGGGCUGCUCCAGAGAGCAAGACCGAUAUCUAGGACAUUAAGGGUGGGGGACGGAAGCCUCAUAAAUGACCCCCAGGACAGCGCCUUUGAGAGGGAGAAAUCUCCACCUCAAAUUGGCUGUUUGCGAACAUAUCAGCAAGGACCACCAUUAAAAGAUUUAGAGACAAUGUUGGACCAUCUAAACCCAGGCGGACGUUACGCCCCACUGAUGUGUGAAACUAGCCAGCGAGUAGCCCUAGUGAUACCCUACCGGAACAGAGAAUUACAGCUGCGCACGGUCCUCUAUAACCUCCAUUUAAUGCUUCGAACACAGCAGCUUGACUACGUAAUAUUCUUAGUCGAACAGGCUGGAAGCAACACUUUUAACAGGGGGAUGCUGAUGAACAUUGGAUAUGCCGAGGCUAUAAAAACAUACAAUUACACGUGUUUUGUUUUCCAUGACGUCGAUCUCAUUCCUGAGGAUGACCGCAUCUACUACGGGUGUGGAACAAACGUACGCCACCUGUCUGUUGCAAUCGACAAGUUUAAUUAUAGAAUAGUCUUUCCAAACCUUAUCGGUGGAGUGACUCAGUUGCCCAGAGCUGCUUUUGAAAAGAUCAACGGAUUUUCUAAUUUGUACUUUGGAUGGGGAGGAGAAGAUGACGAUUUAGGUAUCAGAAUCCGUAACGCCAAGUUAAUUGUUGAAAGGCAAAGCAUAGCGAUAGCACGUUACAGAAUGAUAAAGCAUCUCCAUGAACGUUCUAAUGCACCAAAUCCCAAAAGAUUCCAAUUAUUGAGAAACACCACUCGGCGGAUCAAAAAUGAUGGGCUUAACACUCUAAAGUAUAGAGUGUUACACAAGAAAGAAGAAAAACUGUAUGCUAAUAUAACAGUUGAAAUUAAGAAAGAAGACUAUAACCUUUAAGAACCAACAGUCACUGCGAUGUAGUAUACAAGUUCUUCACCGGUUCCACUUGGUCAACGACGAGGAUAGCAAGUCUUUAAGUAGGACAAACUGUUAUCGGACACUUAAUUUAAAUAUUCUGUUUAGAAAAUAUUCACGACUACGACUUUGUGAGAAGCCUUUAAUGAAACCAAUACUUAGGAUGUUAAAAGAUUAUCACACUAUCUUAGCCGAUCUUAGAAAAACACAAAUGCAACUAUGCCUGCAAUGAAAUAAUACUAAAAUCCACUUUUUGAUAGCCUGGACGGCGAUAUCACCCAAUGUUAGUUGAACUGAGGAAUACAACCAUGCAAAUUUACCAACAAUGAAAAAACAUACUUCAAUAAUUAAUUUAACUGGAAGAAGAAUAUCUUGGCUAUCAAAGACAAAACCUUCAUGAUGAACACUGUUCCUAUGAAGCGCACAUGUACAACACCCAAUAUCUAUCCCGAGUACCAAAUUUGUAAAAAGAAUAUUAUGCAGGUACUCCAAGCUCACUACUUGUUUGUACCCAUAUUGUAUCCUUUCAUUAAUUUUAGGUAAAAUUUGAAUCAAUCAGCGGAUAAUUAAGUAUCAUACAUACAACAAAAUAGAGCGAAAGGGCACAGGAAUAUAAGACAAGGUGUUGACACAUCAUUUGAACACGGGAAAAUUGGGAAAUCACCAGGCCAAAAAAUCAUUCAUUCAUCUCAAUGUGUCAUCAAUGUUAGACAGAUUUAUUCCGGGUCUUUAGAUUAAAACAAUUCAGAAACAAUGCAACAGUAAAAUUUGCUAAGAACACAAAAUAGUAUUCAUCCAAAGAUUUUAGGAUUCGUGUCUAUUUCCACAUCAAACACAUGUUUACGGUAAGUUUAAAAGAAGAUCAGUAUAUAUAGCGUUUUGUUUACUUGACUAUCGCCCGGUGGAGUUUUUGGUCCAACGUUGGUGUUUGUACUAGAGUAGAGAGUUGUUGAAUUACAGAGCAGUAGAUAUUUUAUUUAUUUAACUAUUUAUGUGGGUUCACAUGUUGGUAUGAUAAUCGCAAAAGUGAACGGUUAAUUUGUCUGUGUUGGCCAGCUCCAGUUCAUGCUGCCUGAU